GGGACCUCGAGUGGCCCCGUCCCAAGGUGCUACCGGGCAAGAAAGCUGGGCCUGGCUCACUGCAGAAAGCACCGGGGAAGGCGCCUCGCUCCAGUCAUUAUUGAAGAAAGCGACAUCAAAUGCGGCUGCGGCUGCUUCGCCCACAUCUGCCUCAACCCCUGGCCGCUCUGCUUUUCCCUCGCCAUCACCUGCCCCAUCAUUGAAGCGGAAGUUAACUGAUGAUGAAGAGGAAGAAGAGGAAGAAGAAAUUGAAGGGGAUGAUGUAGACGCAGAAGGCGAGAUGGAUGUCGACGGCGAAGGGGAUACCUUCGAACUUAACGUCAAUGGUGCACAAGUAGAGACGCCCCCUCCCGUUUCUUCAUUCAGCAAAGAACAAGAAAUCGAGAAACUGCGGACAUCCGGCUCGAUGACCCAGUCAAUAUCAGAAAUUGCGCGGGUGAAGAAUUUAAACCGUCUACAGAUUGGCAAACACGAGGUCGAAGCGUGGUACUUCAGUCCAUAUCCAAAGGAAUAUGCGCAUUUACCCGUGCUAUACAUCUGCGAGUUCUGUCUCGCAUAUUUUCCGUCGCCCAUGAUGCUCUCGCGCCACCGACAACGUUGUACGCUAUUUCAUCCACCUGGCAACGAGAUCUACCGCCACCAAGACAUUUCGGUCUUCGAACUUGAUGGGAAGCGGCAAUUAAGCUGGUGUCGGAACCUCAGUUUAUUGUCCAAAUGUUUUCUAGAUCACAAGACGUUGUACUAUGACGUGACACCGUUCAUGUAUUAUGUCAUGUGUCUACGAGAUUCUACAGGGUGCCAUAUUAUCGGUUACUUCUCGAAAGAGAAAGAGUCGGCGGAGAAUUACAACGUCGCAUGUAUCUUGACGCUACCGCAGCAUCAACGCCACGGCUUUGGCAAGCUGCUCAUCGAAUUUUCUUACGAGUUGAGUAAGAAAGAGGGGAAACUUGGCAGCCCUGAAAAGCCCCUGAGCGAUCUGGGCCUACUCGGUUACCGUGCAUAUUGGGCGGAGGUCAUCGUGGAAUUGCUCAUCAAUACGACAGAUGAGCUGAGCAUUGACGAUAUUGCGCAGAAGACGUCUAUCACCCAUGCGGAUAUUAUGAAUACGUGCACAACGUUGCAGCUAUUUAAACACUACAAAGGACAACAUAUCAUUUGUCUCUCGGAAGCCGUUUUGGAGAAACAUGAAAAAGUGCGAAACAAACGCAGGCGUCGGAUUUAUGCCGAUAAUUUGAUCUGGAAGCCACCUGUCUUCACCAGAGAUCAGCUACGGUUUUACUGAUCGCCUCACUUGACGUCUUGGCCAGUUUUUUUUAUUUGCGAGUUGGUUUUCUUGAUCGAUAUCACUGUAGCUGUAGAGUAA